GUCAAAAUAAAAAAUCAUAAUAUGAAAAUGGUUAUUGUUCAAGUGAAAUUAUAUUUUUGUUCUUGUUGAUAGUAUUUAAAAAAAAUUGUUUAUAACUAUUUAAUGCCUACUUAGUUACCGUAUUUCAAUUAACUUUUAUUAAGUGCACUUAAUUUGUAAAGAUAAUGCCUGUUGGAAGAAAACGGUGGAAUCUUCAUGGUAAGUAAUCUAUGGACCACAAGGCUCCCUGCGACGGUUGCGGAAUCAACUAGCCGAAGAUGGGUGUGCAGAAUCACAAGUAGUUCUUGCAAAGCAACUCUUAGAGGAAAAGUGUGGUAAAUCUUAUUCAUUUUUUAAUAGUAAUUUUUAAAAGCAAAACUACAAAAUGAUUUUCAAAAGUAAAUUUUUCUUAGUAAAAGUACAAAUUGUUUGACAGACAAUAGGGAUCUUCGUGACCCUAGUAAAGUACAAAUUUUUUGACAAUUUGUACUUUUACUAGGGUCACGAAAUUUGGUUGUACUAGCUGGUACAUGGUGCGUUGCUGGCAUAGAAGAUAAAUUAUAAAAAUGUAGUUAUAAAUUUGGAAGAGUUAUAUUGUUUAAUUAGGAAAUUCUUUCUCCAAUUAAUACGUUAAUUGAAGUUGAAUGAUAUAUAAAUUUCAAAUAGAUUUGUCGUUACGAUACACGCACCACCUUUACUGUAAAUUUACUAUGCCUAGAACCUUUUUAGCCGUGUAGUGGCGGUCAAGAAUAUCCACUACCCCAUAUCCUCCCGUGGGUGUCGUAAAAGGCGACAAAGGGAAACAGGCAGGAAAUGGGCAGCAGCAUCUUCCUGAUAAUAGCCAAAAUUACAAUAAAAAAACUGCGGUUGCCAACCCGCUCGCCAAGCGUGGCAACUAUGGCAAAUACCUCCCAAUGAUCAAAGCAACAAACAGACGGCCCCCAGUCCCCGGCGGCCCCGCUAUUCCUGGCUACGGUGUUGACCAUGGUAACGGCGGGGCAGGGGGUGCUAAGAAUCUCCGGUGGAGGUUCGGUUGCCACCUUAGACGACUCGACCUGGCAACGUACAACGUACGCACCCUGAGGACUGACGAGAAGAUCGUGAAGCUGGAAGAAGAGAUAGACAAGUUGCGCUGGCAUAUUAUAGGAUUAUCCGAAGUCCGAAGAGUGGGGGAGGAUACGGUAAUCCUCGAAUCCGGCAACUUACUCUGUCACCGGGAGGGCGACCAUCUGUCCCAAGGAGGUGUCGGAUUUAUCGUCCACAAGUCUCUCGUUAACAACGUUGUAAAGAUCGGGAGUGUGUCGACGAGGGUUGCGUACCUUAUACUCAGAAUCACCAAACGGUAUUCGCUGAAGGUCAUACAGGUUUACGCACCAACCUCGGAUAUCUCUAGAUUCCUCCAAAACCCAAUAUACGGUGUUGAUGGGAGACUUCAAUGCAAAACUAGGCACAAGAGAGAACGGUGAGCUGAAAGUAGGGAAAUUUGGAAUAGGGCAACGGAACCCAAGGGGCCAGCAGCUGGCCGACUUCAUGGAGAAAGAGGGACUCUUUAUGAUGAACUCUUUCUUCCAGAAGCGGCCCCACAGGAAGUGGACCUGGUCGAGCCCCGACGGUUCGACAAAAAAUGAGAUUGAAUUCAUUAUGACGAACAGACGGCAACUGUUUAGUUAUGUCUCCGUGAUCGCGAGGGUGAAAAACACUGAACCUAAACGUUAAGUUGGAGCGGUCGCGUCUAAUGAAGUCAACGCUCCGUCCCCCUCGUGCUCUGUUCCAAAGUCCCGAAACCUUUCAGCUCGAGUUACGAAACCGUUUUCAGUGCCUAGAAGACUGCAAUGAAGUGGACGAUAUGAAUGACAAGCUCGUGAAAACUGUCCAUGCGGUCGGAGCUAAGUUCUGCAAGACCCGCCGCAGAAGAACACAAAAACUCUCCGAUCACACUCUUAAUCUCAUGGCUGUUAGACGGGAGAUGAAGCUAAAUUCUUCAACAGAUUUGACAGCAUACAGGCAACUGAACAGACAGAUCUCCAAAUGCAUGCGGCGGGACUUACGCAACUUCAAUACAGCUUGUAUUGAAGAAGCGAUCGAGCGGAUUCAAGGCUCCAAAGUCUUUGCCAGAGAUCUGUGUGCCAGAAAGAGCCAACUGUCAAAGCUGAAGAUCGAAUGUGGCAGCAUCGUUUCCGGGAAAUCUGAGAUUUUGAGUGAGAUUGAGAGGUUCUAUGGGCAGCUGUACACGUCAUCGUUGGAGCCACAAGCAAGUGUGAGUAACGAUCCAAGAGCGAGUCUCAUCCGACACUAUUCCGAAGAUAUCCCGGACGUCAGUCUGAGCGAGAUUAGAAUGGCUCUCCAGCACCUUAAAAACGGCAAGGCCCCAGGCGAGGAUGGAAUUACAGCGGAGCUUCUGAAAGCGGGUGGAAGACCGGUACUUGAAGUCCUUCAGAAGCUCUUUAAUUCCGUCCUCCACAUUACACCGGAGGCGUGGAGCAGAAGUGCGGUGGUCUUGUUCUUCAAGAAAGGUGACAACGCUCUCUUGAAGAACUAUAGACCGAUUUCGCUUCUGAGCCGCGUCUACGUGCUGUUUUAGAGAGUCAUUACGAAUCGUCUCGCGCGCAGACUUGACGACUUCCAGCCUCCCGAACAAGCCGGUUUCCGAAAGGGCUUUAGCACCAUAGACCACAUACAUACCCUGCGGCAGAUUAUACAGAAGACAGAGGAGUAUAAUCUGCCACUUUGCCUUGCGUAUGUGGACUAUGAGAAAGCCUUCGAUUCCGUCGAAAUUUGGGCGGUGCUGCAGUCCCUUCAGCGGUGCCAAGUUGACUGUCGGUAUAUCGAAGUGCUGAAGUGUUUGUACAGUAGAGCUACGAUGGCUAUUCGAGUACAGAACCAGAGUACGAAACCUAUCCAAUUGCAGUGAGGUGUAAGACAGGGUGAUGUUAUAUCCCCGAAACUCUUCACCGCUGCAUUGGAAGACGUUUUCAAACUUCUGGACUGGAAAGGAUACGGUAUUAACAUAACAAUGGCGAGUACAUCACUCACCUUCGAUUUGCCGACGAUAUAGUCCUUAUGGCAGAAUCGCUGGAGGACCUAAGCACUAUGCUCAAUGACCUCAAUAGUGUCUCCCAACGGAUAGGUCUGAAGAUAAACAUGGACAAAACAAAUAUUAUGUUUAAUGACCAUGUCACACCUAUGCCGGUAGUUGUUGGGAGCACUAAGCUCGAAGUUGUUGACGAGUAUGUUUACCUGGGACAAAUAGUCCGACUAGGUAAGUCCAACUUCGACCGAGAAGUCAGUCGACGGAUUCAACUCGGCUGGGCAGCGUUCGGGAAGCUACGACACAUCUUCUCGUCAGACAUACCUCAAAACUUGAAAACAAGACUGUACACCCAGUGCGUGUUGCCAGUGAUGACAUACGGAACUGAGGCGUGGUCCUUCACUGCUGGCCGGAUGAGGAAGCUCAAGGUCGCUCAGCGAGCUAUGGAGAGGGCUAUGCUCGGAGUUUCUCUGCGUGAUAAACUUAGAAAUGAGUAUACCCGCAGUAGAACCAGAGUAACCGACAUAGCCCAACGGAUUAGUAAGCUGAAGUGGCAGUGGGCCGGUCAUAUAGCUCGAAGAACCGACAACCGAUGGGGAAGAAAGGUUCUCGAGUGGCAGCCUCGUACCGGUAGGCGAAGUGUAGGGCGACCCCCCACGAGAUGGAGUGACGACCUGGUAAGACAUGCAGGAGGUCGAUGGAUGCAGGUGGCUCAGGACCGUGCUUUGUGGCAUUCCUUGGGGGAGGCCUAUGUUCAGCAGUGGACUUAUGAAAGGCUGUAAUGAUCAUGAUGAUAACCUUUGCACAAGUGCAAGCAAUAAGUUGACAAAGUUUUGCCUCAAUCUGGUGAAUGGCAUAGCAGCGUAUAAAAUACGAACAAAUAAACAUAAAUUUUUAUAUAUUUCUGUAUAAUAAUAUGCUCUUAGAAUUCCCUACAAUGUGUCGAUUUGACAACAUUUUUAAUAACAUAAUCUGCAACUCCAGAAUUACUACCGUUUUGGUCCUUUGAGACAAAAUAUUAACUUGUGACCUACGGAUUUACAGCUUGCUAGAUCACGAAUGAUAGAACAGUAGACCCAAUGUGAUUGAGGAUAAAGGUGAUCUUUAGUUUGAUGAUGAUGAUUUCUUGAUUGAUGUUCAUUACAACACCAGCUUCCAACACUAUAUCAAACCUUGCACAUUAGACUGAUUUUAUUACUUACUUAAUAGUAAUUAAACCAAUUUACUGGGCAGGGUUCCAUAUAGUGCUAAGUGUAUAAUACAGUACAACCUUAGUGUAAUAAACCUCAAAAUAACGAUUUCCUCAAUUUAACAAAUUCUUAGAAAUCCCCUAGAACUGGCUGUAAGAGUUAUAAUCUAUACAUCUAUAC